AUGCCUGACGAAAAGAAGCUUCCUUGGGGAAUCAAUACGACCAAGCCUGGUUCUGCAAAGACUCUUACGAAAACUAAGCUACAAGCUUUCAGCAUCGGCACUCAUAAAAAGACUCCUUUCCAAAAACAUAAAGAAGAAUUAGAACAGAAGAAAAAGCAAGAAUCUGAAGAAGCUGCAAAAGUAUAUGCUGAAUUCGUAGCAUCAUUCGAAAAAGACGAAGGAGGUGGAAAAACCUUUGUUAAAGGCGAGACGAUUGUACCUAAAUUAUUAUUUGACCAUGAAGCAAUAAAUAUUAAAAAGGAGACACCUGUUCCAACAACACCACCAAAACUAUAUAAACCGCAAGCUUUUAUUCCUGCAGCAGUAACUACUAACCAAGAACCGAUUCCUGAAAUUAUUAAAGAGAGCACUGAAAAAAAUGAGGAUGAAGAUAAACAAGAUGAUAAGUCUAAAAAAAAACGUAAUCUAGACUCAUUCUUGGAAGAAAUUAAACGUGAGCAAGAAGAAAGAGAAGAUCGGCUGAGGCAGAAACAUGCAAAGCUGGCUGGUGCUGGUGUUUCAUCAGUUUGUGCAAAUGAUAUAGAAACUACUGGUAGCGAUGAAUUUGUACCUACUUCUCUUACAGUUAAAGCAGCUUUUGAAGAUCGACCUGGAUCACACGAUACUGGUGAUCCAAACACGACAAAUUUAUAUGUUGGCAAUAUAAGCCCUGAGGUUAAUGAGGAAAUGCUAUGCAAAGAAUUUGCAAAAUACGGUCCUAUAGCAAGUGUGAAGAUAAUGUGGCCACGUACUCAGGAGGAAAAGGAUAGAAAUCGUAAUUGUGGAUUUGUCAGUUUUAUGGAUCGUGAAUGUGCUGCUAUAGCCUUGAAAAAUAUGGACGGAAGAGAAUUGCUUGGCUACGUUAUGAGAGUUGGCUGGGGUAAAGCGGUUCCAAUUCCACCACAACCUAUUUAUGUAUUGAAUGAAGGUGGACGUCCACCACCAAGCGGAUUGCCUUUUAACGCACAAAUGGUUCAUACAAACACAGAUUAUGCUAACGUACCACCUCCAGGUUCGACUGCAGUGAGCCCCCGACUUGAAGUACAAGUUUCGCGGCCAGAAGAUCCACAAAUUGUAAAAAUAAUACAUCGCAUGGUAGAACGUGUUGUGAAAUAUGGACCACCUUUUGAGGCUAUCAUAAUGGAUCGUGAAUGGAAUAAUUCCAAAUUUGGGUUCUUGUUCAACAACGACUCUCCUGAACAUAUUUACUAUCGCUGGAGAUUAUAUUCUAUUCUCCAAGGUGAUCCAAAGAACAAGUGGCGUACCGAAGCUUUUCACAUGUUUAAUGAAGGUCCUAUAUGGGUUCCCCCGGAGAUACCUUUUGAUGAAGACGCUGCAGAUGAGUUACUGGACUCUGAUGAAGAGGAUGAACGAGAAAGAGAACGUGUUCCGAAAGGGACACUUGGACCUAAAGCAAAACAUCGGUUGGAAGUAAUGUUACGGAAGUUGACCUACGAAAGAGGCGCUAUCGCAAAGGCAAUGGCCUUUUCCAUUGAUCAUUCUGAUGCGGCCGAUGAGAUAGUGGAUAUAAUCUGUAAAACUCUCGUUAUUAAGGAAACACCUAUUCCAACCAAAGUCGCACGAUUAUAUUUGGUAUCCGAUAUUCUACAUAAUAGUAGCGUUUCUGUACCGAAUGCAUGGAAAUUUAGGACAGUUUUUGAAAGUAGGUUACCGGAAAUAUUUGAACAUUUGAACGAGGUAUAUAGAUCUAUUGCGGCCAGAUUGAAAGCAGAAACUUUUAGGCGUCAAAUCACAACAAUUCUCACCGUAUGGGAAAAUUGGAUUGUUUUUCCUCAACCAUAUAUUGAAUCUUUAACAAAUACUUUCAUGAAGCUCACAAAAGAAGGCGAUAGAAUUCAAAACUCUUCAAUAUCACAACCAUCCACCUCAUCAUCAUCAUCUGUAAAUGGUAGCACGAAAGUCAUAGAAACAUAA